GCGAGUUGGGGCAGUCCCUGCGCUCUGCCCUGCUCCGCGGAGAGAGCUCCGCCUGGGCGCCGGCUUUUCCACAGCGGCGAGAGCGGCCCGGCGCAGAGUGGGCGGACUGACCUCCGCAGACCCAGCCGGCCUGGGGCGGGGAGAGGCGGGCGAGGGGCGAGCGCCGGGGAGCGCGGAGAGCGGGGCCGGCCCCGAGCGCGCUGGAGACAGCCGAGCGCCCCGCGCCCUGGCACCGUGCUCCCCGCCGCGCCUCCUCGCCGGCCCCGGGCGUCGCUCUCCGCUCGCUGAGCCCCCGCGCUCCCCACCGCGGAAACUCGAACAGACGAGGCGAGGCGUAGGAGGGCAGCUCGGAGACUGACCCAGACGUCCCCUCCGCCCCCAAGAGGCUGCCGGUCCCCCGUUCCCUGGGCUUCUCUAGCUUUACCAUGAACCUGGCGCAAGCUAGGCUUUAGGACAAAUUCCGAAGCCGGAGGGGGAGUCAAGGCAAUUCUUUGGUUGCUAAGCGUGAGUGAAGAAAUCCAGAAUGGCACAGGGAUCCGGGGAUCAGAGAGCAGUGGGGACCGCUGACCCAGAGGAGAGCUCUCCGAACAUGAUAGUCUACCGCAAAAUUGAAGACAUUAUUACAAAGAUGCAAGAUGACAAGACAGGAGGUGUGCCCAUCAGAACAGUCAAGAGCUUUCUCUCCAAAAUCCCCAGUGUUGUCACAGGUACUGACAUUGUGCAGUGGCUUAUGAAGAACCUUUCCAUCGAGGACCCAGUUGAAGCAAUCCACUUGGGAAGCCUUAUAGCCGCCCAGGGCUACGUCUUUCCCAUCUCGGACCAUGUUCUCGCCAUGAAGGAUGAUGGCACCUUUUAUCGUUUCCAGGCUCCGUACUUCUGGCCUUCGAACUGCUGGGAGCCUGAAAACACCGACUAUGCCAUCUAUCUCUGCAAGAGGACAAUGCAGAAUAAAGCAAGGCUGGAAUUGGCAGACUAUGAAGCAGAAAACUUAGCAAGACUCCAGAGGGCCUUUGCAAGGAAGUGGGAAUUCAUCUUCAUGCAAGCAGAAGCACAAGUGAAGAUUGAUCGGAAAAAGGACAAGACAGAAAGAAAAAUUUUGGAUAGCCAAGAGCGGGCCUUUUGGGAUGUCCACAGACCAGUGCCAGGCUGUGUGAAUACCACAGAAAUGGAUAUCAGAAAAUGUCGACGUUUGAAGAACCCACAAAAGGUUAAAAAGUCAGUGUAUGGUGUGACAGAAGAGUCCCAGUCGCAAAGCCCUGUGCACAUACCCAGCCAGCCUAUCAGGAAAACUACAAAAGAGGACAUCCGGAAACAGAUAACAUUUUUAAAUGCACAGAUUGACAGACAUUGUUUAAAAAUGUCGAAAGUGGCUGAAAGCUUAAUUGCUUACACGGAACAGUAUGUGGAAUAUGACCCUUUGAUAACGCCCGCCGAGCCGUCCAAUCCCUGGAUCAGUGACGAUAUCGCCUUAUGGGACAUAGAGAUGAGCAAAGAGCCCAGCCAGCAGCGAGUCAAGAGAUGGGGCUUCUCUUUCGAUGAGAUGUUGAAAGAUCCGAUGGGGAGAGACCAGUUUCUACGAUUCCUGGAGUCUGAAUUCAGUUCAGAAAACCUCAGGUUCUGGUUGGCUGUCCAAGAUCUCAAGAAACAACCCUUACAGGAUGUGGCCAAGAGGGUGGAAGAAAUCUGGCAAGAGUUUCUGGCUCCAGGAGCCCCAAGUGCAAUCAACCUGGAUUCCCAUAGCUAUGAAAUAACCAGUCAAAACGUCAAAGAUGGAGGGAGAUACACAUUCGAAGAUGCCCAGGAGCACAUCUACAAGCUGAUGAAGAGCGACAGCUACGCCCGCUUCCUCCGGUCUAAUGCUUACCAGGACUUGCUGCUGGCCAAGAAGAAGCCAGAAAGUGAGCAAGGUCGUAGAACUUCCUUAGAAAAGUUCACUCGCAGUGUGUGCUGCUGGCGCAGAGUCAGAAUGGCCGCUGCAUUUCACCCCCGAGGUGGCUUCCUUCCAGCAGUGGGUGAGUGACCCCGGCGUCGCACUCUCUAACCUUCUUUGGGAUCCUUCUGUACAGAAGGUGCUCCAGGCUCCAGAAGAGAUGAUCUGUUUGUCUGUGGCCUCGUCUCUGCCCACCACUCCUGUUCUCAGACCCUCAUUCCAUGGACAGUCAGUGGCACCCAUUUUUGGUGUCCCCGUUUUUCCUGCCCAUUUUUUGCAUCCAUAGUAUUUUUUCCUAAGAAACAAGGAGUUAAGGGGUCCAGAAUUGACUCUGAGAGGAGUCCGUUGCCCCAGAGGCAAUGUACCAAUAAUGUCUUUAGGUAUUGGUCCUAAAACUGGCUUCUCCUGGAUCCCUAGCAGAGCAGGACAGAAAUGCCCAUCACCUUUGAAGAUGCUUCCAAAUCCACCAGCAGCAUCCUUAGGCUUCAUCUCCCAGAUACAUAUUCUAUAACCCUUCUUCUAUGGCCUAAGGCCAAGUCCUGUGGGAAUCUUGGCAAUCCCCCGUUCUAUAUAGUUCAUUCCACUUGGAGUGGGGCAGCUCUGCCUGCCCCUCCACGGGAGAAAAGGCUGGGCACCCACCCAUCCACUGCCCCAGAGGGGUGAAAAACAUUACAGCAACAUGUGGAAAGGGUCUGUAGGGAAGUAAUAAGGUUCUCUGUGGCCCAGAAUUCCAUUGGCCCAAGUUUCUAUCCAAAGAUCUCUUGAAAAAUGCUGCCUGACCUGUCCCCUGCUGCACUUUUUCAAGUUAGAAAUACAUGACUGAUAGGCGCCUGCUGAACUACAUUCCUGGUGGCAGGGAGGGAAGGGAAACCAGCCGGCACUCUUUGCGUAUGUGUCCAAAGGGACAUGGACGUUCACAGAAGGAUUGUGCUUCCGGGCGGUGGGGGGCGGUCAGCAUGCCACUGCCUGUGCCUUCAAUGCUCUGCCUUGGCAGCUGGCUUCACCCAGGACCCCAACCAAUGGACAUGUUUUGGGUGAAUGUAUUUGCAGGCAAUGAGAAGUGCCCUUAGCAAGGUGGAGUUAGAGUCCUCGGGAGUAUCACACACUGCCAAGCAAGUGAUUCCCCCUGCUGUCUCGUCCACCAGACUUCAGCAGCGCUCUCCCCGAUAGCCAUAGUCAGGGGUCACUUGAACUCCCUACUUGGAAAGAAGUAGCAUCAAGUUGUUGCCAAUAGUAGCACAGCCAUGUCCCUGUUUCCUUGAGUCUUUUGACCUUUGCCUAAUUUGGAGUGUACCAGAGUUGAGAUGCCAAAGUGCAUUUGGGGAGGAGGAGGAGAGGAAGAGGCAGGCAUUGCGCAGGCUACCAGAAGGCGUGCUACUGAGGGGCCUUCCGAGCAGAAUGCCUGCCUCCACCCUGCUCCUGAGCCCACCAAGAACUUCCUGCAAGCUGAGUGUAGAAAGAGCAUCUGCAUUGUUCAGUCAGAACUAGAGGAAGGGGAUAAGAAAGAUCUCCCUGCACCGGGAGAAAAAGCAACAGGAAAGUGGGAAUGUACAAUUUGGAAAGUAGGCUGGGGUGUCUGUGCCUGGGCAUGGUGCCACCAGUGCAGGGCACAGCUGCUGAGCCCUUGUCGCUCCUGGCAUGCCUGCCUGGUUCCAGAUUUGUCCAGAGGUUGCACUGCUGGAGACCAUGAAGUACGCUCACCACCCACCAAAACUAACAGGCAGAGGCUGUCCUUUGCAAAGGGUCCUGUAAGUGCUGAGCAUGAUGGGAGGAGGAGUCAGAUUCCAGGGAGGGCUCCCCAGCCUGGCUGGGACACCCUGCUUUAGGCACUUGGUUCUUAUUGGAGUAAGGCAGCUCUGCCUGCCCCCUCCUUAGAAAAGUAAUCAGCACACUUGCACCUCUCCUCCCUAGGAUGGUUGCUAUGGAGAUCCCAGAGACACCAGCACCAAUAACACAGGGUCACAAACAGAAGUGGUGGCUUCACCUGGCCUGUGCCAUGUGCACCAAGCAGUGGGGAGCUGCACCAGCUCAGCGCAGUCUCACUUUGCCAGGAUUCCCAGCCAGAAGGUGGCACCUUCUCUUUCUCAGGAGUCCCAAAUACGAUGGGGGGAGCACCUCAGGCAAAGCAAGAGUCUCUGAAAGGGUCUCAAGUGUGCCCAAGAACUGAAGCUCCUUUCUCAGUGAGGUUGAGAAAAAUCACCCUGUGCUGCCAAAGAGGUCGCCUGGUGUGACUGGACAUGGAGGAGUCCUUAGUCCCUGAGCAUUUCCCUCUGCCUCUUUCCUUGAGAGUGACAGUCACGUAUCAUGUAGAAGGUGUAUGGAGCUUGAAGACCCACCCACUCAGCUCUGCCACUGGCUAGCUGUAUGCUAUCAGGCAAGUGGCUUGAGGUCUAUUUGAGCCUGUUUCCUCAUCUGUCCAAUGUGGGGUGAAGUAAUUAAUACCUAAUUGGCACAGGUGGUAUGGAGCACAAGGGUCUGUCAAAUGUCUGGCGUGCUUGAGCACAAUAGCUGCUCCAUGUUCAAUCAGUGGGGGCUGUUAGUAACUGUCCUUGGCAGCUCACCUGUGUCCUCGGUAAUGGAACCAUCCCCACCCUGCCACCAUCAAGGUCUGGGUGAGUUGAAGAGAAAGGCACUUGAGAAGGGAGGAUACAGGAGCCAUUGAUACCACCCCAUUGGGCAGGAAUAGGAAAUUCAGAGAAAAGUCUCUGGGAGAUCAGGGGACAGGCUGAUCCUUCGACAUUUAGUUCAGGUAGGAGGGCUGGCAACUCACCUUUUCUACAUUACAAUUUUUUAAGGAAAAAAAUGCGCUGAUAGUUGCCAAUACACGCUAGAGUAAGGUAACUGAACCUGCUUACGGUCCCAGUGACUUUUUGCGGGAAUUGCUUUCACAGGCGUGACUGGCAGAUUCCAUAGACCCACCACUUCCGUGGCAAAGCCUGGUUGUUUAUACCACUGCUCAUCAGAUGGCGGGGACGGGUUGUUGCAAAAGAAUCCAAUUUUAUUUUGAUCACAUUCCUUUUUUUUAACAAGUGUAAAUGUACAUGAAUGUAUAUCAAUUCUUCAGCCAGUGAGCUUUUUUUAUUAAUUCAAUUUUCACCUAUCUCUUGAUUUUUUAAAAAAACCUGGGUGUUGUUUUAUGUGUGUGGUAUCUUAUUUUUAAAAAGUCAAAUAAAGAGAACAUUUUAAAACCAAAUAAAAUGCCCUUUACCUCCCGAGACAGACCAGAAGGCUUGGCAAAGACCUGGGCAUAAUACAGGAACAGAUCUUACCACUAGGCUCCUCCCCCUCCCCCCACCCCGCACUACUGAAGAGUGAGAACCCCGUAAGCAGCCUGGCUCUGCUGUGGGUUAGCAGUGUGGAAUCUUUGGCUUGUCCCAUAACCUGAUUUUCCCAUUUCAUCUGCCCCACCUUGCCUCACAAAGUUCAAUGAAGGAUGAUAAGAGACAGAGAGUUGAAAAGCUUUUUUGAAGCUACUCUAUAUUCAGUAUGGAUUUUCCUACCAUCUCCUGCCAGAACUGCCCAGACCUCUAAACUAUUCCCACACAAUGGGCACUCUCUCCCCCAUUUUAAACAUCAUUGAGAAAGGAGACGCCACGGAAUGCCUAUGCUCCCUUUUGAAGUCAUUCUUUUUGCUUUGCUCCGUGAGGAAGGGGUGCCAGGGAUGGGCACAACCUCCGGGGCUGUCACCUGAGGAAGUUAGGUAGUCAGGCCUUUGGCCCCUCCUCUCACUGCGAAACCCAUGUCAGGGCCCCUGCCUUUCUACCUGGCGCUUCGGCUCCUGACCGCUUCCUCAGCAAGGUCCCCCAGGACUGUGAUUCCACACAUACUCAUCAUUUAUGAACCUGAGCAUCAUCUACUCCUAGGUGACCUUCAGUCUUCUUGGGAGGACAGCUCAUCCCUGGGGCCUCCCACUUCUUGCCUGCUGAGAGCGCUGGGUGAGCUCUGUUCAACAAAACACCACUUUUCAUUAGCAAAGAUGAAAAACGCCACAACAAGGUGACCGGUUUAGAUCAAUGGAGACUAGAAAUAGUGUUCCAAAUGAGUUGUGUUGUGAGUUCUAGUUCUCCUAACAGAGGAAGCUGGUUUUCUUAUAGACUGGAGGGGAAGCGCUGAGUUUAGCUAAAAAGCUACGUUGCCGGGACAGCAAUUGAAAAAGAGUAAGGAGUGGGAAACUUCAAAGCAAAAUGUGACAGCUAGGGAUUUUUUCUAAUCUUUUCUUUUUUUCCUUUUGAGGUGUAAUUACAUAUGGCAAAAUGAGCAGAUUGGAAAUUUGUGGUUCAAUGAAUUUGACAAGUGUAUGCACCAGGGUAACCUACACCCCAUCACCCUAGAAAGUUCCCUUAUGCCCCUCUCCAAUCAAUUGUGUCCCUCUCCCCCAGAGGAAGUCACGGUUCAUUUCUAUCCCCAUAGUAACAUGGAUUUCGACUUGGUGCACUUGAGAGCUGUAACUUUGGUCUUAGGUCAUCUGAGCAAAGCAGCAAGACAAUCUCAUCAGCAGCUCAGAUGUCUUUACCCCCUUAGCAUUGAAAAGGGUCCUGCCUGAGGCCCUGGUGCUUGGCUCCACUGCCCCCAAUAUGCCAUCUGACCCCAGGGCUACUCUCUGAGCCACAGCCCUUCUCCCGCCCAAAGAGUUUAGCAUCCGUCUCCCAGGUAAGUAAGUGGCGACAGGUCUUGGUAACCCGGAUGGUGCAUGUUUGUUGAUUAAUACCUGCAGGUGCAAUGCACAGAAGCACAGCAUGUCAAGCAGCAUGUUCAUUUUCCUUAAAGCAUCGCACAAAAGGGAGCUAUUCCUUUUGCACUUUUCUUUUCGAAACAAAGAAGUCCAUGACCACCUUCUUGCAAGCUUCUAGCUGUCAAGAUGGCCACAGAGCUGAAAUGAUUAGCUAGGGUAGAGGGUGGGAAGUGAACGUGUGGGGGUGUUUGGGAGCCCAGCACUGAGCCCGUGGUCCAUGAAACUGAAGGAUCUCAAAUUCCAUUGGAUUAAACUUUGCCAAAUGCCUCAAAGGUGAAAAGCGCUUUGUCUGUAUGCAAAGCUUUGGUGUCUCUGGAACGUACCUUCCGCAGCUCAGUUCUUAAUCACUGUAUAUUUUUUCACUUGGACAAAGGCUGCCUGCUAAUAGCAUUUUCAACCACCUUCAGCUGCUUUGCUCAGCCACGCCAAGGCUUCAGGCUGAGCUGGCUGCAGUUUCCUGGCACCAUGACGCAUUCCCAACUGACCAGCACUGAGGAACAUCACACAUUCACACCCUGAAAAAAACAGCUUUCCCUGUAGCUAUGCAAGAUGGCAGGCAGAGGCAGAAUCACCCCUCCCCUUACUAAGUGUUUCCUAUAGAAUCAUCCAAACUGGAGGCAGGGACGGGGGUGAAGAGGAGGAGGAAGAGCCCUAAGGGCUCAGGCUGUUGCUCUCCACUGUCUGAGCAGAGUAGGGAGCUCAGGAGCUCCCAGCAAGCCCCUAGCAGCAUAGACCUUGGGGCAGCUCAUCUCUGAACACAGGUAGCCUCUGCUGCCAGAUUUCACUUUGAUCCCUGAAAACUACAGGAACCUUAGCUCUUCAGAAGGGAGGCAGCUGCUGAGCCAGUGUGAUUGCAGGAUUUUCUUCCCCAAAGCCCGAGGCCAGGCAUCUAGCCCUGCCUGCGUCCUGCAUGAGUAACCACCAUCCGGCCUCACCCAGGAGGUCACUGCAGAGAAGACAGAUUGCAGCUGGGCAGAGUUGCCCCUGCCACUGCCCUCCCUCCCCGAAUCCAGCCCACCUGAACCCAGACGACCUCCUUUAGCAGCAGAAUUGGCAUUUGGUAAAUGCAUGACCGAGUGCAGGAGCAGGGAGAGGGAGACAAAAUUGCGAGGAGCACCACCUGGAUUGCUGAGAGGUUGGGAACAAUCUCAGGGCGUGUUCUCUAGGCUGGUCAGCUGCACCCCCACCCCCUGAAGUCCAGAGAAAUAGAAGCAGCUGGGAGAGCAGGAUUGAUGGGUUGGCCACAGGUCCUUGGAGUCAGAGCUGUGAGGCUGAGUUCCAGGAUUUCGGCAGGAAGAGAUUAAUUAGUGCCUCCAAGCCCUGCCCAGCCCACUCUGUAGAACUGGGAGGUAUAGAGGAUGGGGGGCCUCAGGGUCAAAUUCAGCUAAAACAAAUAGCCACACAGUCCUCCAGAAAUAGACUCUUCAGCCCCCUUUCCAGCCAAAAUGAUCUCACUAAUGAGGAAGAAGCUAUAAUGAGGACUCGGAUGCCUGGUAAACCUCACCUUCUUUGUCUCUGGGCUUUUAACAUACACACUGGCAACAGACUGUUAUACAGAAGCUUUAGUGAUUUUUUUUUUCACAUCUGCCAGCUAAAUCAGAGCCCCAAAUGCUGUGUAUGGCAAACCUGGAACAUAUAUAUGUGGGGACACAAUGUAUAAUUUGUGGCCCUGGUGGA